CGGUGCCCUCCUUCUGGUCCUGUCCUUUUAUCCUUCCGCCGGAAAGAGCCGUCUCUACGCGGUUUCCGAUUCCUGUAGGGGCUACUUUGUGAGAAGCCGCGAGUGUUAGGGCCUGCGGCCGCCAGGCCCCAGACUGCGCCUUCUCCUGCGCCAUGGCCCGAAAUGCAGAAAAGGCCAUGACGGCCUUAGCAAGAUUUCGCCAAGCACAACUGGAAGAGGGAAAAGUGAAGGAACGAAGACCUUUCCUUGCUUCAGAAUGUACAGAGUUGCCUAAAGCGGAGAAGUGGAGAAGGCAGAUUAUUGGAGAGAUCUCAAAAAAAGUGGCUCAGAUUCAGAAUGCUGGUUUAGGUGAAUUCCGAAUUCGAGACCUGAAUGAUGAAAUUAAUAAACUACUGAGAGAAAAAGGACACUGGGAGGUGCGGAUAAAGGAACUUGGAGGCCCUGAUUAUGGAAAAGUUGGUCCUAAAAUGCUGGAUCACGAAGGGAAAGAAGUCCCAGGAAACCGAGGUUACAAGUACUUUGGAGCAGCAAAGGAUUUACCUGGUGUUAGAGAGCUGUUCGAAAAAGAACCUCUUCCUCCUCCCAGAAAGACACGUGCUGAGCUAAUGAAGGCAAUCGAUUUCGAGUAUUAUGGUUACCUGGAUGAAGAUGAUGGUGUUAUUGUGCCUUUGGAGCAAGAAUAUGAAAAGACACUGAGAGCUGAGCUGGUGGAAAAAUGGAAAGCCGAGAGAGAGGCUCGGCUGGCAAGAGGCGAAAAGGAAGAGGAGGAGGAGGAGGAGGAGGAAGAGGAGAUCAACAUUUAUGCUGUCAAUGAGGAAGAGUCUGAUGAGGAAAGCAGCCAGGAGAAAGGAGGGGAGGAUGGGCAGCAGAAGUUCAUCGCACAUGUUCCUGUGCCAUCACAGCAGGAGAUUGAGGAGGCACUUGUGCGAAGGAAGAAAAUGGAACUGCUUCAGAAAUAUGCCAGCGAGACCCUCCAAGCUCAAAGUGAAGAAGCCAAGAGGCUCCUGGGUUAUUAGGCAAAUGGGUGUUCUUGUUGGAGUUUGGAAGAUGUCGUGAGGGCCCAUAGCUCCCCCUCCCCCAGGACCACCUGCACACAUGGCUACUGCAGGUCCUGAGGCUGCGUGGCCUCACACCCUUCUUACCUGUUAGCCUCUCACAUCAGCUGGUCUGAGGGUAGGAUUCUGCCCCUCAUCUCCCUUGUAGGCUGUCAGGAUGCUGAACACUGUGGCCAUCAACUUUGUACAAAUGUUUGUUACCCUGUGAAUCCAUUUAGUUUUAAUAGGAAUGUGUAAAACAGGUUGACAGCUAUUCUGUGACUUUGAGAGGAGAGUCAACUAUAGAGGCAACAUUAAAAAUGUGAUUUUUCCUAUCGUCUCUUGAAAACUGAAUCUCAAUGCCACCUGAUGUGUCUGCUUUACCCUCUGUGCCCGCUGGGGGAGGGGGGAUUAGUUAGAAGCAUCUGUUUUAUUACCUGCUCUGUAGCUGCUCUGCAGCUAUUUUUAUUAAAGAUUUUUAUAAGAAA